GUCUUGACGACGGAGGCUCUCCACUCACUGUGAUGAAACAUCGGCAUCGUCUCCACUUGCAGUCCCUGAGACUCGUCUAUGGCAUUCUUGUCUCAUGCAUCAAGGUCACCAUGAGGCCCAAAUACAGGGCGCUCAGACGCUGUAUAAGGAGCCCUCCCUGUACAUUCCGCCGCAGCAUCAACAUACUCUCACGCUUUUCAGGUUUUGUCUGUCCCUACUGAUUGCUGCGCGAUCCACUCUCUUUGUGUUUUCAUUGACCCGAGUCGCUCAUUUCGUUGCAGCACUGUCUCUACCAUCAUCCCACUAUAGGCGUUCACUGGAUAUUCCUCGUCAACGAACAAAAUGCGCGGCUUUAUCCGACUAGCUGCGCUCUUCGCUCUCACCCUUACAACCGGAUCGCUGGCCGCUCCGGUGGUAAAGGUGCACCCAGGCGGCGUUCAUGAUAUUGUGAUCACAAGCAAUAACACUGUUAACGCAACAAAGCCAGCACCUGCGACGUCUUCGACAGGCCCGAGUCGCAUCAAGGCAGUUCGAGACGUCUCUACGAACGGACAGCUACCACUUGCUCUCAUUAACAACCUUGACGGAAGCGUCAACGCCUAUGUCACCGGUCUCAGCAGUAAUAACGAGCUCGUGAUGCUUCAGCCUAACGGGCAGUGGUACUACCCAACUGCGGAUCCCAGCCAAGGCACGCCGCAACCGAUCAAUGCGAACAUAGCGAUUCCACUUGGGCCGCAGGGAAGCACCACAAACGUGAUCCUGCCUGACUAUAUAAGCGCUGCAAGAGUCUGGUUUGCCGUCGGCGAACUGCAGUUUUUCACCGUCUACUCCGGCGCGUCGAACGGACCAUCUCUUGUCGAGCCGUCCGCCGUUAACCCCUCCGAUCCUAGCGCAGCGGUGAAUUGGGGCUUUGUUGAGCUUACCAAUACGGAAGAGGGUGGCCUCUAUGCGAACAUCUCUUAUGUCGACUUUGUCGGCCUAGUGCUUGGGAUGUCACUUCUGUCCGAAGAUGGCAGCACUCAGACUGCUCUAGGGUUACAAUCAGAUGCUGUCUCGGUAAUCUGCGCGGCUCUUGCGGCACAGACGGCGCAAGACGGCCAAGCUUGGGACGACCUAUGCCAGGUUGACGAGAACGACAACCCGCUCCGCGUCAUCGCUCCAGGCGAUUUCCUAUCCACGAAUCCAACUGCUUUCAAUGAGUACUUCAGCGAAUACAUCGACGCUGUUUGGGCGCAGUACGAAAACAGCCCGUUGACGAUCGACACGCAAGCCGCGGCAGGAGAGGUUCAAUGCACGGUGCAGAACGACCUCCUGACUUGCGCUGGGGACAACAGAGGCUAUGCUAAGCCUACUGCCAGUGAUAUCUUCGGCUGUAAUUCCGGACCCUUCGCGAUCUUGGAUGGCGACAACGCUGUACAUUAUGCAGUCGUCCCUCGCCUCUGCGCCGCCUUCGAUAGAUCUACCUUGACUUUGGAAGGUGGUAGUGUUCAACCUGGUCUAUCAUCGGCAGACUACUACCAAGGCACACCUACGAACCACUACUCUCAUCACGUCCACAUGCAUUCUAUUGAUGGGAAAGGCUAUGCUUUUGCCUACGACGACGUGAACCCGAGUGACGACGUGAACCAGAGCGGUGUCGUCGCUGAUGCGAGCCCGCAGGUGCUCACGGUUACCGUUGGCGGACCAAGCACAAGCUAAGCGUACAUUCUGUGGCGCCGCUGUUUUCACUGUCGACGAUGGCUGGCAGCGUCUUGAAGUCGCGUGGGCAACGGACGGUAUGACAGCGAGCAUUGCGCUUGCGGUGUAGGAGGACAAUCGACGUAGCGUCGUUGGAAGAUGACGGCCCAAGGUCAACGUUGAGGAUCAAGGCGUGUUCAAGUGGUCAUAGUCUUCCGCUCCAACAUAGAUUCGCGCAACUGAGACCACGCAAGCUUACGCUGACUUUUGCUCCUUGUCCGGGUUUCCGAAACUAUCAAGGCUCGGGCAUGAGACCCUCUUUUUCUCCCAAAGGGGAAGUAGCAGGCUUCCGGAAAAUUAUGCCGCCGAGCAUCGAAC